AAUUCCAAGGAUUCCGUGUCUAGCGCGAUAAAUAGCGAGCACAUCGACGGCAUUACGCUAUCGAUUACCUGCCGGGUAGCUUGCACACAGAACUACAGUAGAGUAACAACAGUUCUCUGACAAAAAAACAUGACGACUCCUCAAUCCUCAGCCGCCGCAACCAUGAUGGACAAAGUGCGCGAGAAAAUGCAGGGGAUUAAGAACAAGAUAGAGGAAGCCGAGGAGAGAGAGGCCAUGGCGAAAAUGGAGUUAAAAGACGCCGAGGAGAGGGCGUACCAACAUGAAUCCGACCUGGACUCCAUGCAGAAGAGAAUCAACUUGUUAUCGGAAGACUUGGAUAAAACUCUCGAGGCUUAUGAAGAGAAGAAAGCGAGACUGGAUUCGCUCGAGGAAAAGCAGGAAUCGGACGGGACCGUAGUGCGUGAGCUGGAAAGUGUGGAGCUCGAGGGAGACGAGAGGUUGGCGGAGCUAGAAGAAAAGACAAAGGAAGCGGUAGCCACGGUAAACCAGAAAGAACACGACAACACCGAGAUCAACCAAAAAAUUGUCGUUACGGAGACCGAGCUCUCAAAAGUAAACGAACGUUUGGAGCGCGCGCUGGAGACUAUCGAACGCCUAGAAGCAACCAUCGAGGAAGCAAGCACCAAUAUGGCCUCGCUAGAGCAAAAGGACACCGACGCGUCACAAUGGGAAAUAGAGGUCGAAGAAAAAAUCGGAUUCCUCAACGAGCAACUGAAAGAGGUUCUCGUCCGCGCCGAAGACGCCGAGAGGAGAUGUGGUCCCCUGGAACGGCUUCUAGAUGAACAGAGCACACAAAUAGACGAUUUCCGUAACAAGAAGAGAGACGUGGAGAAAGAGAUGGAAGACAUGGUGGGGCUCGUGGACGAGAGCAUCGACUAGGAAGGACUGGGUAUAUCCCUUAUCGGACAGAUAACGAACAAUUACUAAUAUGUAGAUACUGCUGUAGGUAAAAUGGUAUAACAACCAGGUGGGUCGUGUGCCAAGCCCACUCGGCUUGUGCAAUUCUAGGGGCUGAAAACUAAUUUAUUGCAAAAGCUCUCCCUGUAUGCUUCUUGUUUUGUAACUUGACCCUAUCGUGACCUGUGCUAAUUUUCAGCAUAUUUUUCGCGAGAUCUUACCUUUAGAUUCACUCAAAUAGCUCUUCUACCAAGUCUGUGAGACACUUCCUAUCUAAACGUUGCUCUGGAGUGUAUUCUAACAUCUGAACCCGGCGAUCUGUUGAACAUUUUUAUCUUAGAUAUUUAGAGUAUUACAUUUUAAUUGAGGCAUUCGAUAGAUUAUUAUGAUAUGUUGUCGUAACAACAUUAAUAAAGUCACGAAGCUA